ACAUUUGUGAUAGAGAAAAGUAAAAAGGGGAUUGAGAGAGAGACAGAGAGAGGAGAGAGAUGAGCGGAAAGAAAGUAGCGGAUGUAGCCUUCAAGGCAUCGAAGAGCAUCGAUUGGGAUGGUAUGGCCAAGAUGCUCGUCUCCGACGAGGCUCGCAGAGAGUUUUAUAAUCUUCGUCGUGCUUUUGAUGAAGUCAAUACCACUCUUCAGACCAAGUUCAGUCUGGAACCGGAACCUGUGGACUGGGAAUACUACAGGAAGGGAAUUGGCUCUCGUUUGGUUGAUAUGUACAAGGAAGCAUAUGAUAACGUAGAAAUUCCCAAGUAUGUGGACGAGGUGACUCCUGAAUACAAGCCCAAGUUUGAUAAACUGUUGGUAGAGUUGAAAGAAGCAGAGCAGCAAUCCUUGAAGGAGUCUGAAAGACUAGAAAAAGAAAUUGCAGACGUCCAAGAGUUGAAGAAAAAGCUCAGUACCAUGACUGCAGAUGAGUACUUUGCCAAGCAUCCAGAGCUAAAGAAGAAGUUUGAUGAUGAAAUUCGAAAUGAUUACUGGGGCUACUGAGCAUAACUUUGAGGAGUGAUAUCUGCUGGUGGCUUAGCAACCAUAUAUGGCUCCUUUUGUUUGUUUUAAAUUUCCAGGGAUAAAUAAAGGGAAAAUAGAGAUAUCAACGAUUUAGUUUCUGAUAAUUUUAUGUAUACUGUACUGUAUGUUAUAUUGUUAUCUGCAGUAUUCCUGAAUUUACAAUCUGAGAAGAGAACCUGUUUAAAAAUUGAGUUAUGUUUUGAUCA